AUGCCAAUAGCUGUCUGCAUGGCCCCAGGCGAUUGUGACCGAUGGCAACGGUUUGCAGGUUACAACGGCGGAUACCAGCGUGUAUCUCUGCAACCUCGUGAUGAAGCCAAAAACCGCUACAGUGACGAUGGCGCAAGUGGGAUAAUGGCAAUGGCAAUAUCCAGUGACCUGGGCCAAGUUGUGAUCCUCGGAUGGUCGGACGCCUCAAUGUCUGAGGCCCCGAACCAGUCCGAGUCUGGCCCAGGGCUGGCUAGGCAAGCCUCAAGCGAGGGAAGCAAUGGGCCUUCUUGGCUGCCUUUCGGCAGGCUCGAAAUUGACAAGGCGACUGUGGUCCCAAACGACAGGGGGACCUUCGGCUGGACCCUAGGCGUGAGGGCGAAUGGAGUCGAAAAUUAUUUUCGCAAAGAAUUUUCCCCCAUCUGUCGCGCUCUCGCCCCGGUCAGAUCCCACGUUGCUGCACCCACUGACGGCGGAAUCCCCGCCCUCACCCUCGAAACCUCUCCGAAGGGCGGGGCCAAGAUGGUUGAUGGUCCGUGCCGAUCCCGGGAGAAUCAAGUCGCCGCCGUCGUUACCGGGAGGGAUGGCCGCUCAGGCCGAAAGACCAUCUGGCCCAAGAUGGGGAUUCCAAGACAGGCCUGGAAUGGAUGCUCUGGCGACAACAGGCGAGUAGGAAAAGGAACGACCGACGAGGCCGAGAGGGCGCGUUUGCAGGAAUACUUCUCUUCCUCCCUUUCGCUCUUGAAGUUUGGCCCCAGGAUUAUGGAUGCAGUUUGUAAAGCUCGGAUACCUAUGCAAGUCGGGGGUUUUCUCGUGCUGAUCCCGCCUGGAGGUUCCAAGCAAGACAGAGUGCCUAUGCUCGGCAUGCAGCGUUUUCGAAGGCAUGGAGCAGGCGAAGAUCCAAAUCCAGAGCCUCCUUCUUGCGCUGUGUGUCUUUCGGACAGGCCGUCCAAGAAAAACCAAAGUGUCCCGCAAUUUCACCGGAUGAUGGAGGCCCUGGCCCGUGCCAUGGACUUGGACAUUGCGGGGCAAGCUGGCCAGCGGCGACGCACAUUGACAAUGUCGUCAACUCGCGUGGGCAAGACCCCAUCGACGCCACAGGUCGUACCUGGCUUUUCGGGGGACUUGCAACUGCUAACACAAAUUUCCAUCUUCACCGUCCAUCCAUCCGCUUCGGAACGACCGCCGAGUAGCUGCAUCACCUCGAGUCUCGUUCAAUGCGUCUCUCCUCUGGGCUCCGUACGUUCCCCCACGGAGACCCCAUCAAUAGGCUCCACGGUUUCUGGGGCCUCGGAAGUUUGGCUGUCUCGCUUCGUUUCUUCUCCUAACCUUACGCCAUCAGCAUCUCCCAGCUCACAAGAACGCAAUGCACCUCUGCUGUAUUCUUACGCAUUGUCGGGUCCGGCCCUUCAGGCAUGCCAGGGCGUUUACUUAGCAUCUUCUGCUCACUGGAGCCGCCCUGCUUAUCUUUCCCUUGUCACGGCUCAGCUGGUCGUGGCCUUUCGAUCUGACACCACCACAGCAUGGAAGGAAAGACAACACCCACACAGCCAGUAUGGUGAUAUCAUAUGGUCCUCAGUGUUGGGUUGUGGCAUCAUUGCUUUCAGAAUCGGCGACCAAGUGAAUGCUCCUCGCCAUAAACCACAGUCAUCUCGAUGCUCUAUCUCGAUUCCUCGGUCCUACUGUAUGCACUACGCCUUGUGCACUAUGAGCACGCCCGGUCCUAGCUUCGAGCCCUGCAGUGAGGGGAGCUCGUGCGUCAGCUAUCCCUCCAAGCUCACUGAUCGCCAGCUCCAGCUUCAUCGGGCCCUGACCGCCAAUGUGAAUUCGUUGGCUGCCAAUAUCAGACGUUCGCCAUGUACGAUGGUAACAGGUAGCGCCAACUUCAGGCUUCCCCUCGCCGACCGUCAACAUCGAUCGACAUUUUGUUGGGGACUCAGCGGCUGGUCCACCCCCUGGUGGCUGGCUAUUCAAACUUCAGGCAACCAUAGCAGCGACCUCUGCACAUAUCAGACAAACUCUGUCGACCUACGACUUGGAAGCUUGGUUAAUGUAACCCGGAUUUCCCCCCAGUUCCCAAUCGUUAUCACAGGCGGAACGCUCCAUGGUUACGCCAAAGUCUUUACCCCGCCUGGCCUGGCGUUAACUUUCGUCACAAGAAUGGCGAGACUGAGAUCCAGCCUCUUUGGAUUUCGUUCCUUUUGUGGAGGGACCUUACGCAAGAGGGAACUGCAACUAGACGCAAUCCCCUUGGCGCGAACUGGUUUACCUCGCUCACCUUCAACAAGCCCAAUCAUUGGCCAUGAAAUUGCAUUCUUUUCGCUCUUUUCUUACGCAUACCUCGCCCCUCCCGCGGCCGUUGUGGAGCUGAAAGGCAAAGAGCGAGGGCCAUGCGGCAAGAUUGACCCUUGGAAAGUCGCGACUCUAUACACAGUACCUACUAGGACUACAAGGCUGGCACUCCAGGAUUUGGGCACACGCAAACACAUGGAUGAACACUCUGGGGUAUACGCAAAGUCAACUUGGUCAGUGCCACCAACAGCCAUUCCCCUUGAGCCUAGGAAAGGCAUGUCAUGCACGGAAGGUCUGCUAACCAAUAGGGGACGGUAUUUCAUUGGAUUGCAACUCCAACAAGACCUGAAUCACGCCGACAUCUCGCGUGUCACUGUUACGGCCACGGAACCUACUGGCGAGAACGAAUUGACGCAUCCAGAUGGAGGGAUCGGACUCCACAGGGAAGAGAUGGGGAGAGUUGAGCCGGCUUGGCUUGGCUUUGAAGAUCCCCCGCGGACAGCAAAUCACACACCAAGAAUCCAUGCCUCGUUCACCCUCGAGGGUCUCGACAACUACGAACUGACGGGCUCGCUGGAGGAGACUAUCCGCGGCUCUUCGGCAUCAACCAGACACGCCAGUCCAUUCGUCGGGUUGAACGGGCUUCUCAAUUUCCACCAUGCAGCUCAGUAUCGCUCUCAUGAAAGUGGUCGUUGCAGUUCCUGGAGCGCCAACCGGUGGAGCUUCGCCUUGGAGUUCCUUGGAUUUGCUUCUCUCGCCCCGUCGUUCUCUUUCUCUCAAUACCGAUGGGAGGCCUGUAUGGAGCAGCAACUAUUUGGCGCCUGUUUCUCGCUGGACGAACUACUCAUUACCGCCCUGAACAGCGGGCGGAGCUCCUUCAAACUCGGUCGGAAAACACGACCACGAGUCGCUCAGACAGAAGAGACCCUGGCUGUCUGUUCCCUCGUUUCUCCGAAUGCCUAUCCAUUCAUUUCCUACGAUGCGAUGAAAUGCGCGGGCUGGAGAGCGACUACGUUGAACCUGCCAUGCUGUAUGGCGAAUCUUAUUUUGACUUCUUCCCCUUGUCCUUGGUCUGUCUACGCACACACCCGACCCGGCAUCGUCCGACACUUGUCUUCCUCAUCCUCCCCAUCUGUCAACUUCUCCGGUUUCUUCCUCCACCAUCUGAAGCAACCCCACACUCCGCACCAGAAGCAUUGCCCGUCGGCCAAACACGAACCUUUGGAGCAGAGGCCAUUCGAUGGCGGUUGCUUGUCGUGCGCAUCAAACCCACGAGGCUCUCCUCUCUUUCUCUCCGCAAACUUACAGAAGAAGCAAGACCGGCUGCAGAUUCACACUCUCUUCUCCGUGCCUCGCCGGCUACGGCUUGAGUCGUCCAAUCGAAGGCGCAUGUUUCAAACCGUGCCUCAUUCAAGGCCUUGCCCAGGCGCUCGAAAGAAUGCAGCGCUGCAGGUCGACGCGACGGAGGACAGAGCUCACAACAUCCUGACCACACACAGCUGUAUAUUCCGCUGCAUCCUAACAACUCAGCUAUUCAGCCAGUCAUUUUGCGUCCUCAUCGCAAAGCUAUUUUGUCUCUCGGGCAUUCAAAGCGACGCCAAUAUCUUGCACCGUCACCUCAUCAGCCCCGCCCAGCCAGUGGCAGCGCCAGCUCAUAUUCCCAUACUAAAGACGCAAUGGCGGGAUGCUGCCGGAGACUCGAAGGCGAACCUAGCAACGGAGAAAACCAUCCGCCACCAUUUUCCUUAUCAACCGGCUGAUAUGCAUAGUUGCUGUUUAAGACGAGAUAAGGACGACAACAAACGGCUGCAAGAUUCAACGGUCCAUGCCGUACGACUGCCAGCCACCUCUCGCACAGAAGACGUCUCAGCAGUGCCCGUCUGCUGGGACCUCAAUCCAGUAAACGACUUUCAACUUUCUCAUUGGGACGGAAACACAAUUCUCCCCCAUCGAUCAAGUAGCAAUGAUCACGUCGCCAGCAACGAGGAAAAGCAGCUACUGGCCCGCGCCGACCCUCCAAGCCGCACCGCCCAAGGUCCGGGCGCGGCCGUCGUGCGGUGGACACAUAACUCGGUCGAGUGUCUACCGUAUAAUGCCUCACCACAGCUCAGUGGGUUUGAAUUACCCAAGAGUCCAAACUUCAUCCGAGUCGAGGCAUUGAUGCUGGGAGUUUUGACAAGGUGCUUACUUGACCGCGACGGAACAGCUCCGCGUGGCAGACGGAGCGCAGUCAUUGUCACAGAGAGGCUGAACGAAUGCGAACAUUGUGAAGGCCAUGCCAAGUCCUCCAACAAGUCUAGGCCUGGCAAGGGCCAAACCGGCCUUACCUCCCGCACCGGACAGCAGACCGAGGACCUAGUUCCGGAAGACUCAAAGAACAGCGGAUCACCAUCCUAUGAGGUGGUUCUCAUUCGUAUCAUCAGUUGUCCAUUCGCCCGGCAAAAGGGUCACAUAGAAGAAAGAGCAAGCCGACGAGGUUUAUCUUAUUGCGCUUGCCGAACUGAACUCCGCAAGGUGACUGAUGCAGUACAGACAACGGAAAGCUCUCGCGUCAUUGACUCCUCUAUUUGUUCCAUUUCGAUUCAGAAGGGCCAAGUGAAUCCUGAGACGACAUGCAGCUUGGAACUGACGCCGCUCGUUGGCCAAGGCGUCCUGCACGUCUUCGACAACGGUUGA